AUGAAGCCACCACAUAGUACAAGUCCACUGAGACCGAAUUCAGCAUAUCCCUUCCAAAAUUUGCCUCAUUCCGAUUGUCCACCAUCCUCUUGUUCUUCUUCCGCUUCAUCAGUAUCAUCGACAGCGACAACUGUUAAUAAUAUGAGAGAUUUCAUUUCUGACCGAUCAUCUCCAUCUAAUAAAGAAGCAAAAUCUAAUCAACACACUCAUUUUCAUCAAUCACACCCACAUCACCAACAUCCUCCUCCUCCUCAUCAUCAAACACAUACAAUGGAUUCAACAGAUACUGGACUUCCAUUCGAUCCAAUUACACAGCAGAGUCUUUCUGCUGCUGCAUCUUCUUUUGUCAAAUCAUUGACCGGUUUCAAUUUCAAUAAUUCAACUACCGGUUUCCUAUUUCCAAAUCCUCCACUCUCAUCGAAUUCAACAACACCAGUAUUUAGUCAGAAUGCUCAGUCAUUACCAAAUCCAUAUGCUACACAGCCAACAUUAUUAUUUAAUGGUAUGAAUUGUUUGUCAAAUACAAUGCAUCAUUUACGAUCUAGUUCGUUAAAUUGUACUGCUACCAAUAUUAAUCCAUAUUUAAUUGGUCAUGAUACUUCAUUGAGUAAUAUACAAUCACCAUGUAGUGCAGAAUCAUUACAUUCAUUGUCUACUGAUGAAAGUCCAUCAUCCAGUGGAAUAAAGAAUACUUCAUUGACUGGGACAACUGGUCAAUAUUCAGCAAUAGCAACAACAACGACAACAACAACUAAUUCAUGUCCAACACCAGCUAGAAGACGUCAUCGUACAACAUUUACACAAGAUCAAUUACAAGAAUUAGAAUCAGCUUUUCAAAAAUCUCACUAUCCUGAUAUUUAUUGUCGUGAAGAAUUGGCAAGAAUGACAAAAUUAAAUGAAGCACGAAUACAAGUAUGGUUUCAAAAUAGGCGGGCUAAAUAUCGUAAACAAGAAAAACAAUUAGUAAAGCAACAACAGCAACAACAACAUGAACAUAGACAACUUCAACAUUUACAAUAUAACCAUCCAUUUAAUCAUUUACGUAAUACAUAUCAAUCAUCUAGUCAAGGAUCUCAUCUUAAUUCUUAUACGCAUUCAAGUAUUUAUAACGGGAAUCCUAUAACUAUGGCACCAAAUGGAGUUGGUAACAGUCAUCCUUUAUUUGAUAGUAGUGAUAAUAAUAAUAAUAAUGAUGUUAGUAAUGGUAAUGCUAGUAUUAGCAUUGAUGGUAGUUCUCCAUAUUCUUCUUGCAUGUCAUUGCCCACUAACUUAAUUGGCACGUCUGGAUUAGGUAUUCCUCCAAGUUUAACCAACAGUAAUACUCUAAUGAGUUACUAUGGUUCUAAUUUGCCUUACAUGCCUAAAAAAGCUUUUUCACCGACAUUUAACUCAGGAUAUCCAUCAUAUACUUCACUUUCAUCUCAUACAAAUAGUGUCAAUAAUAAUGACACUGGGGAGAGACGGGGCAAUAUUUUCCCUUUAGCUUCUUCUCCAACUUCAAACAACUUAGAGCUACGGUCAACAUCACUUUCGAUAAACAACGAAUCAUCUAGUCAAACUGAUUCACUUUCCGCUCAACUACCACAGCCUCAACAACAACAAUCAUUGCAGCAGUCUUUAUCAACAAGACCUCAUCUUUCCAAUAAUCCUGUAUCUUUUUUACCAGACCUAUCUUCUGAGCCAUUGAUGCGACGAGCUGCAGCUGCAGCAGCCGCUGCUGCUGUUGCAGGAAUCUGUCAGGCACAUACAACAAUUUCUUUGUCAAAUACUCCACAAUAUUUGCAACAACGAACAGAAAAUGCAUCUGAUGAACAAAAUAACUAUUCAAUGCAACAGUCUAAUAAUUGUCGAGUAAAUUUUUCACCUACGUCCCCGUAUCGACCUUUCAAACGUCAAACCAUUUGUGAGCAGUCAAAACAAGCAAUCAAUUCAAUUGAAUCAAAUAUAAACAUUCCUUCCAAUGAUUUAUUUACGAAUGAAAUAGCUAGUCAAAAAUCAUUACACUUGUCAUUCGGUCAGCAUCGUCAUCAGUUACAUCAGAAUGUAGAGGCUGAAGGGGCUUGUGAAUUUACAAAACACAAAAAUUUAGACCAAAUGCAACUGAGCACAUUACUACCAUACAACAAAACUACUACUAAUAAUAAUAAUCAUCCCCAGUUUUUUAUUCCAUCAUUUUCUUCAGAAUAUACAAAUCCCCUGAAUUCCAAUUCGAUUACUUCAGCAAAUAUUGCAGCUUUGAAUACAGAUACAAAUGCAUGUACCACACUAUCCACAAUCACUUCUUCAACAGAAGAUAUCAUCGCUCAGGAAGCUACAACAAAUAUAAUUUCAUUAAGUAAAAUUGCAAACUUAAAAAAUUUGCGUAAAAUAAACAAUAUUUACCAUAGUCACUAUCUAGAAAAUACCGAUGCUUCUGAAAGUAAUCCUAUAUCAACGCUGUCUAGUCGAGAAGUUACGUCAAACUCACUGUCCUUAACAUCGACAUCUUCAUUAUCAUUACUGCCUUCUCUAUCAGUGUCAUCAUCAUCAUCAUCAUCAAGCCGAUUAUUAGGAUGGAAUUUUCCACAAACACACUUCAUGAGAAAUCGUAAUCAUAUUGCCGAUAACAAUAAUGUAACUAAUAUGUAUGUUAAUAGUACAGACUCUUCAUUUCAUGAUGCGCCAAACGAGACGUGCACAUCAUCCGGGCAACUAGAAUACGAAGCAGUAAAUACAAAUAGAAAUGCUACUGAGAGUGAUAAUACACCAUUGGACAUUGAGCAUAAUAACUCCAGGGUUUAUCAAAAUCAAAUAACUGGCUUUAUACAAUUGAAUGAAACCAGUUCAUCAUCCACUGUCCCGAGGUUUCUGCCUAACAUGGAAAUUGAGAACUCAUCUGUAACUGAUGAAGUGCAAUCUAAUUUAUCAACUGUUCCAAUAAGUACCACGAAUACUACCUUCACAAAUAUUUAUUCACAUUUAGAAAAUUCAGAGAGCUCUACAUCUUCAGAAUGGUGUAGAACAACAAGAGAUGGAUUUCAAAAUCUGCACUCGAAUCAACAUUCCAAUGGUGAUGCCAUUAAUUCAGUAGUUCGAUAUCGAAUGUAA